UGGGUAUAAAUAGAAAUGCUACAGAGACCAGGGCGUACAGUCGCUGAGAGCGUAAAGUUAGACAAAAACCAAGGAAAAUAUCUAAAUACGUACGUACUUUUUCAGGUUGCCAUGGGAUCCGCCAAGAUAAUCCUGACCCUUAUUGUGCUGACAUAUGCCUUGCUGCCAGUACUCGGUGCCCCUGCUGAAGGAGACCCUCUGCUCUGCCUCUCUCUACCGGGAUCUCCACCGUGUAACCCUUCAGGUGAAGGACAUGUUUCAGUGCACAUUUUACAAGUUGAAAAGAACUUCUGGGACUCAAUUGAAUGUCCAAGGUUCCUUGGAACCUCCCUCAGAUUCAUGCUCAAGGUCGACGAUUUCUUGAUCCGUGUGGACAGCUUCGUCAUCGCCAGGGUUAACUUGUGAUGUCAUAACUACUCUAGUUUGCAAUUGUUAACUUGUAAAAUUAAAUCCCUCCGUAUAAAGUUUUCGAAAGAUUUUUUUUUAAUUUGGGAACACGGGUUUUAAUGUAAAAUGUGUUGGAAUAUUGAACUGGCUCCCACCAUGCUCCGACCGAAGUUCCCGGCACGCAAUGAUGAUGCACAUAAAGCAUGAGAAUUUCGACCACAAUCAUAAAGAAUGAAUGAGACAUCACAGGCUCAUUCACUUCAACGUGAAGUGAAUGAGAGCCAAAUUUAUUCACAAUUCAUUUAUUACAUUCAGCCAUCCCUUAUUCAAUUCAUUCAGUUCAAAAUUUUAUUCAUUCAUUCAUUAUUCAUUAAAUAAAUGUCCGGGACAUAUUUAUUCAUUCAAUAUUCAUUCAAUAAAUGAAUGGGGCAUAAUUAUUCCUAUAUGUACGAAUUAUUCAAGAUUUUGAAUAAUUCGAACAUAUUCAAUAUUCAAACUCACUUUAGUGAACGAAUGUGAACAGGUAUGCUUACAGAAUGCCAAGCUGGCCCUCCAGGUUUUACCAUAUCCCUUCCAGCAACGGUGUGCACAAGAUCAAGAUGGUGCACCACCGGCUCCCCUGCUUAUGGAAUGUGCGGCACUGGUUUGACAUGCUGCUUCUUAUGAUAGGUUGAUGUCCAUACAAAUAUUUUCAAACGAAUUGUAAUCUGGAUUUAAAAAGUGAAUAAAGACUAAAGAUUUAUAAAACUUACAAA